AAUGGACGGCUAGCUUGAGUAGUGACGGGUAGCUGUGCUCUUUUGAUCGUCAAAUACACUGGUAUUCUGAGAGGAAAAUUUUGAAUUAUUUAUUGAUCCUGCACACCAAAUAGAACAACAGCGACUGUAUGAAGCCUAAUGCCUUCACUAUGUGGUUCUGUCGACAAAAGUUACCAUAAGUGCAUAAUCUUCUUCACUUUAGCUGGGAUGUUAGUGAUGCUUUAUGAAGGUGUAGCCAAAGGGUUGUUCGAUAUCACUUUGACUAGAGAUGGCUUUGUCCCCAGUACUGCGUCAUCAUUGGUCGUCAAGGAGCAGCGCGGAGAAGAGCCUUACAUGACAAUCAAGAUGAAGUGUUUUUACUGCGAUGAUGAAGAUUAUGGUGGAACAUGGCAGAGAAUAACAAGCGAUUUGAAGUGCCAGACUGGUCUCUUUGACACGUGUUUUAAAAACAGGACAAUCGCAAACCGACAUGAGACCCAUGUGCUGGCACUGCAUAAUUAUUGCACAGUCGAUCGCUGUUCAUGUAAUGAUAACAACGGUUGGUGUUCAAGCAUUAAUUGUGGGGAUAUAAACAUCAAAUGUUGUCUAGAUAUUGGUGGUGACUCGAUGAUUUGUUGAAAAUGAAUGUACUUUUUUAGAUAUUUAAAGAUUAAAUAAAACAAAUAAGAAGCAGUUACGAUUAAUUAGAAACUGAAUUAACAGAAUAACUGAAAUACGAUAAGAUCGUUCAAAGUUCUGUUUAUUCUUGGUAUCUGGUAGACAGUUUUUCGAAUUUGCCACAUCUUUCUUGGAUUUCGCAACAUUUCACUUGGAAUUCGUUAAACAUUUCUUGGAAUAUGCUACACCUUUCUUGGAAGUCGUAACAUUUUUCUUGGAAUUCGGUACAUAUCUUUGGGAAUUUUUAACACCCCCCCCCCCAUUCGUUUGUAACAUAUCUAUGCAUGAUUUUUAAUCCCAUUAAACAAUUGGCGAUGAAAAUGAGCAGCUUGUAAAGAUUAUUUAUUCCAUCGGCCUCAAACUAAGCAAGGCAAAUGAGGCGAAGCAACGAAAAAUAAGGCAAAGAAAUGGUCAAAGAACGUAGAAUUUGCACAUUUCAAAAUUUUGUACCUGUUGGCAUUAAAAAGAUUCUGAGUGUCGUGUUGCUACAAGAAAUCUUCUAGCAAAGCUGAUCGGUCAAAAUAAAUAUAUAAUGGCGAGCAAGACAGACGGUUGAAUGAAAAGCAAACAAAUUAUGCAUCGUUUAGAUUUACAAGAGAUUCCGAAAUUCAGUUCAGUUCAGUUCAGUUUUGAUUUUAAAAUUCCACUACAUACAAAAAUCUUUCUAAAAUACAUACAAUUAACUAGAAUAACAAAUUAAAACAGAUGACAAAAAAUUACAAAAUUUUACAAUAAGAGUACAUAGAAUUUCGCAUGGAGAGGAAUUUCUUAAGGAGGAGCUCUCUCAGUAGGUAGACUAAUCGAGGAGAGAGCACCCCCUAAGCUAAAAACUUAUCAUUCAAUUUAUGAAAUCUUCUAGUGAUUCGAUUGAUCAAUGUAAGGAAGAAUUAUCUUAUCAAGGUAUUCAGAAUUGGUACUUAGUUGAGAACAGAUGCAAUUUCAGAUCACGACGGAAAAUCACUACUGAAGUAGAUUGUUUAAUAUUGGAUGGAAUGUCGUUCCAGGAUUUAGCGCCUGCAUAUUUAAUAGAUCGUAAGCCAUAUUGCAAAGUAUUCUUGCGCGUCAUAAAAAUAUCACCUUUGCGAGCCUGCCUUGUAUCAUAUUGAUGAACGGUAGACAAAGUUUCAAAAAAAUUAUGGAAGAAGGUAGGAGAAAUCAGGUGAACAGAUUCAUACACAAAGAUAAGUAGCUUGAAGUGAAAUAAAUCAUUUAACUUUAGAAUUUUCAAUUCAGAGAAAAUAGGUGUAGAUGGUGAUGUAAAAUUCUUGAAAGCAAUAGCCCUAACAAUUCUCUUUUGUAGAAGGUAAAUCGGUUUGAUGUGGAUGUCAUAGGUAAGACGACAGACAAUGAUUCCAUACUGAAGAAAAGAGGCAAAUAAAGAGUAAUACAAAGAAACUAGGGCACUAGUAGGCAGAAGAUGCCUUAUUUUGAAGAAUAUACCACUAGUUCUUGCUAACUUCUUUGAAAGUUCGUUCAAGUGAUAUUUCCAGUUGAGGUUUUCGUCCAAAAGGAGACCAAGAAACUUAACAUAUUUAGCCUGAUUAACAUGCUGCUUACCAAUCUUAAUGUUGACAGUUUUAUCUAAAGAAUUUUGAGGAGAAUGGAAGAUGACAAAGCUUGUUUUGUCUAUAUUUAAUGCAAGUUUAUUAGCAUCAAGCCAUUUUUUAACAUUCUUAAGUUCUUUGUUUACUACUUUCUCUAGUUUACUAAGAUUGUCAGAUUCAAAGUAUAUGUUUGUGUCAUCAGCAAAAAGAUAGAAAGAUAGCUUGUUUGAGGAGUUUGGAAGGUCAUUAAUGUAGAUGAGAAAAAGAAGUGGACCAAGGACAGAGCCCUGGGGAACACCACAAGUAACAUUAAGAUGACUAGAGUUCUGGCCAUUUACAGAUACAUACUGACUUCUAUUGCUAAGAUAAGAGCUAAACCAUGCCAAAGCAGUACCUCGUACACCAUAAUGUUCAAGUUUAUUGAGGAGAAUCUGGUGAUUGACUGUAUCAAAAGCUUUUUGUAGGUCAAUAAAGAUUCCACAUCCAAAGUGUUUAUUGUCUAGGGAAUUUUUAAUAUAUUCUGUUAGACUAAUCAAGGCAUGAUUUGUUGAAUGAGAAGCACGAAAACCAAACUGAAGGUUGAACAAGAUUUCAUGAACUUCUAAGAAAUUGUAUAAGCGCUUGUACAUAAGUUUCUCUAAAAUUUUACUGAAAACUGACAAGAGAGAUAUUGGUCUGUAGUUAGAAACUGUUACAGGACAGCCUUUUUUGAAUAAACGUAUGACUUUUGCAUGCUGCAUUUUUUCAGGAAAAAUACCAGAUUGGAAUGAUUCAUUAAUAAUAUGGGACAGAGGAGAAGAAAUAUGUGGAGACAGAAUUUUUAGUAACUUUAUGGGUAUAAUAUUGUGGCUUAAGGAUUUGCCAGUUUUUAACGCACCAAUUAUAUGUGAUAUUUCAUAAGGGGCUGAAGGGGUUAUAAAAAAUGAGCUGGGAUUUUCAUUAUCAAGAUAAUCUAAGGGGGAUUUUGGUGACCUAGGUAUUCUUUUUGUGACACCAUCUGCUACAUUGACAAAAAAAUUGUUGAAAAUAGUAGCAAUUUUUGCAGAAUCUGUUGUUAGAUUUCCAUUUGCAUUUUUGAGCUUGUUUAUGACAUUUACUCGAUAAUUUUUAACACUAAUGAUUGACUAAAUGCCAGUCCACAAAAGCUUCAUGUUUUUGCUGUUUUCAUUAAAAUAAUUGUGAAAAUAAUUGGCUUUGCUUUUUUUAAGCUCUAUGGCAAUUCUGUUUCUAAACUUUUUGUAUAGAAGGCUUUGGGAAGCAUCAGGUUUUUUCCUUAGCUUUUUGAGGAUAUUGCCCUCAGGCGCAUCAUUUUUUGGAUUCUGCUGUUUAUCCAUGGCUUAUUUCUUAAUUUCAAAUCUCUUUUAGUUAGUUUUUUUAAUGGAGCAUGAUUCCUGACAAUUUCAUCAAGAGUAGUAAGAAAUCUAUUAAAUUUUGCAUUGACAUCAGUCUGACUGUCAUUUAAGUACUCAAGGUUAAGGCUGUUAAAAUCUGUAUAAAACCGUUCUUCAUCAAAUUUUGAGUAAUCAUGCUUAUAGUAUGACAAAGUUUUGUUGGUGAUACCUGCUUUUUGAACGAUCAAAAACUGAGGAAAAUGAUCUGCUAUUUGAGUAAGGAUAUUACCACUUCUGGUGUUAAAAUUGCAAACAUUGGAAAAAAUAUUAUCAAUAAUGUUAGAAGAAUGGUCAGAUACCCGUGUUGGAUGGAUUAUAAAUGGAAGGAAGUGUUGAGAAAGAAGAAGAGUUACAAAGUCCUUUGUAGGAGAAUGGGAGUCAUAAUUUAGUAAGUUGAUGUUGAAAUCACCUAAGAUGAAGAUCUGCUUAUUUGCAACAGAGGGGCAAGAUAAAGUCUUUUGAAUAUAGUCCGUGAAAUUUUCAAUUUCAGUACUAGGGUGGCGAUAUGCACAACAGAUCAGAAUAUUGCUUUCCUUGGAAGUUUCAAUUUCAGCCCAUACUGUCUCAUAGUCCUCACUGUCAUUAUCCAAGUCAGGCCUUGGAACAGGGCCCAAACAGGUUUUAAUAUAAAGACCAACACCACCAUUUUGACUUUGAGAUUUAGAAGAGAGAAACGUGUAACCGGGGAUGUCAACGUUAGUGCUCAAAAGCCUUUCAAAUGAAUCCCAGGUUUCAGAAACAGCAACAACAUCGAAGCCAAUAUUGAAGUUGGAUAGCAGAGUCUGAAGC